UUUGCAGCCGCCAUUAAAAAAAAUAAAGAAGAAGACCCAUACUUCCGCCAUUCAGGGACAAAUAUGGCGGCCGCCGUAGCGAGGAGAAUAUGCGGCCUUCUGAAACCUCUGUCUGCAUGUGUGAAUGGCAGGACAACACAAGUCUGUCAUUUCUCCAGUUUUAUAAAGUCUUCCCCACUCUGCGGCUCUGCUGUAGCCGGUGUUAGUGCUCCUCUUCGGGCUGCAGGGAGCCUCACUCCCCGAUACAACAUCCUACAAAGGGUGUUGCCACUUCUUCCCACCUUUACUCAACAACCAGGCAGAAGUCUGACGUACUACAGUGUGAAGAAGGGCAAAAGGAAGACUGUGAAGUCUGUGCCAGAGAGGUUCAUGAGGUUGCAUUGUGGCCUGUGGCUCAGACGCAAGGCUGGAUACAAGAAGAAGCUGUGGAAGAAGACACCUGCAAGACGAAAUCGCCUGAGGGAGCAUGUAUUUUGUAACAAAACACAGAGCAAGCUUUUGGAUAAAAUGACAACAUCUUUUUGGAAAAGGAGGAACUGGUACGUCGACGAUCCAUACCUGAAGUACCAUGACCGAGUCAACCUCAAAGUUUAAUUUGUUAUUUUGUGUAAAUGUGAAUACUUAUGUAAUGAUAUACUACACAUAAUAAAAGUUGUAUAUGUCAAAUAA